AUGUUCCAGCUACUGGGCCUUGGUAUCGUCGUUGCUGCGACUGCACAAUGCAAUGAGGGAGACUGUCGAGACUCCACAACAGUUGGAGCCACUGAGAUCUGUGCGUCGCAGUACUGGCAGGAAGUCCAGACGAAUCAUACUUACUACUGCUUCGACAACAAGAUUACUGUGGCUGAUACUGAGCAUAGCUCCGCGCUGGUCUCAAACUCAUACAACAGUUCCGCGGCCGUUGUUGACUCACACAGCACCGUCAGCGGACAUCUAGCUACAACUUCAGCAACCUGUCAAUUCUGUAGUGUCGCAGAGCCUCUUGCCACAACUUCGCCAAAGGCUGUCAGUGAUGGUCGUCCGUUCUCCAUGGUCUACUAUCCUAACUGGUCUAAAUAUGGUCGACAGUUUGUCCCCGAGGACAUCAAAAAACCCGAGAGAUUCACUCACAUUCUGUAUGCAUUUGCAAAUAUUAGUACCAAUGGUACUGUCUCUCCUAGCGAUCUCGACGCGGAUUUGACUCGCCCAUGUAGUAGAAGUGCUCUCCCUAUGGGCUGCAUACAAGGCGUCCAGGGGCUGAGAAACACGAACUCCGAGUUGAGGAUCUUGCUCAGCAUUGGCGGCUGGACCUAUUCUCAAGCUGGACAAUUUGCAGCUAUGAACAACCCCGCCAAUCGUGAGAACUUCGCCCGAAGUGCAGAAUAUCCGCAAAAUAAGGGCGAGGGUGAGGACUUUCUCUCUCUGCUCCAAGUCACGAGAGCAAAGCUUAAUGCCUCGAAGAUAUUAACAGCAGCUGUAUCACCGAACCCAAGUCGCUAUAUGAAUCUAGAGAUCAAAGAGAUGGACGGGCUUCUGGAUUAUUGGCUGCUAAUAGGCUACGACUACUCGGGAUCCUUUAACAAAACCGCUGCCCACUCGGCGAAUGUGUACUCUUCCACUCGCGAUCCACUAGCUACACCUUUCAACACCCACGAAGCGGUAGAAGCCUAUACUAAGGCAGGCGUUUCUCCGAGCAAAAUUAUACUAGGCAUGCCGCUUUACGGUCAUAACUUCUUGAAACAGACGGACUAUAAGGCCCUAGCGACGAAGCUGGCGAAUACGACUCAAGUCGACAAAGACCUCAUCGCCUCGUGGAGCUACGAUCAAGCGUCCCGUACGCUCGUAUCCUACGACAAUCUAGAAGUGGCAGCUUUGAAGGGCAAAUACAUUAUAGAUCAAGGUCUAGGGGGAGGCAUGUGGUGGAGAUCAGCGGUGACGGGGACACCGAUAGUGGUAUAA